AUCCAUUCCGUCAUCAGAGAGCACCUACCACUUACUCACCGUCAGAGACAAACCACGGACCACAGCAGCAUGCUCGCUUAUUUGUUGAUAGUUAACUAAGCAGGCCCCUCCGUCAGCUCCGUGAUCCACGAGUCGCCCGCUCGAUCACAUCAUAGAAAACCAUUCCAAAGUUCAAUUUCUUCCGCCUCGAAGCCGUCUCCCUCAGGCAGCCAAGCCUCCAUCCGUCCCCUGUCCCUCCCUACCUCCAGUCGCCAGUGUCGGUAGGGUCGUGGUGCAUAGUACAUACCGAUCAUCACCACCACCCACCACCACGAACUCGUCAUCAUUCAGUCGUCUCAACCAGCGAUACCACCAGCUCAGAGUCUCAGACUCCAGGCUGGCCCAACAUCAUCGGACAGAUUGCCUGACUAGACGCUAGACACCUGACUGAGUGCCUGGAUCCCACUAGAAGAUUAAGAGCGAGCGCCGAGCGAGAGAAUGAGCUCCCGACCCACCACGAGCGUGUCGUCCUUGGCCACGUUGGACCAGAUUCUCGCCCAUCAAAGUUAUCUCCUGGCUCUUGAUCCCUCCCCAUCCCCCCUUCAUCAGGAGGACAUACCCACCCAAUUGGAUCAGGAUCUCUUUGAAGCAUUGGCCGGGAACCCGCCUCAAGACCAAUACCGACCCCAUCUGGCCCGUUGGUAUCGCCAAUUGCAGACUUUUUCCGGCGAGGAGCGGCGAAACUUUCCCGCCGUGCCCAACGUCACCUUAGACAGAUUGGUGGACAUUUUUAACAAGAUGGUGAUCGGGAGCAAUCCAAAGAGUUCGGUCGAGAAAAAGGCCCUGAUCGUGCGGAAUCUGCAGGAAUAUUUGGGAGAAGACCGCAUCGAUGAGGUGCUCAAGACGCGGGACCUCAAGAUCUAUUGGGGCACGGCCACUACGGGCAAGCCACACAUCGCCUACUUUGUGCCCAUGUCCAAACUGGCUGACUUCCUGAAUGCGGGCUGCGAGGUCACCAUCCUGUUCGCUGAUCUCCACGCCUAUCUGGACAACAUGAAAGCCCCGUGGGAGCUGCUCAAGCUGCGGACCGAAUACUACGAACAUGCCAUCAAAGGCAUGUUGGAGAGUAUCGGUGUGCCCCUGGAGAAGCUGAAAUUCGUUCGCGGAACCGAGUAUCAGUUGUCCAAAGAAUACACCUUGGACGUGUACCGAUUGGCCUCAUUGGUCACUGAGCACGAUGCCCGCAAAGCCGGAGCCGAAGUGGUCAAACAGGUUCAGCAUCCCUUGCUCUCCGGACUUCUCUACCCGGGUCUUCAGGCCUUAGACGAACACUACUUGGGCUGUGACGCGCAAUUUGGCGGGGUGGAUCAGCGCAAGAUCUUCACCUACGCCGAGAAGUACUUGCCGGCGUUGGGAUUUGCCAAACGCGCCCAUAUCAUGAACCCCAUGGUGCCCGGGUUGACCGGCGCCAAGAUGUCCUCGUCCGAAGAGGACAGUAAGAUCGAUCUGCUCGACACGCCCGCCGCCGUCAAGAAGAAGCUCAAGAAAGCGUUCUGCGAACCCGGUAAUGUGACGGAUAACGGCAUCUUGUCCUUUUGCAAAUAUGUGAUCUUCCCCGUGUUACUCAAUGGUCGGGAUUUUGUGAUUGAGCGCAAGCCCGAGAAUGGGGGUAACUCCAACUUCUCCCAAUACGAGGAACUCCACGAAGCAUUCGCGGCCGAGCAAGUCCAUCCGGCGGAUCUGAAAGGAGCCGUCGAAAACUAUCUGAAUCAGUUACUGGCCCCCAUCCGGAAGAAAUUCGACACGCCGGACCUGAAAGCCCUCACCGAGAAGGCCUACCCACCCCCCGCUAAGGUCAAGCCCGGGAAAGGUGCGGCGACAGCCGGAGGUACGGAUGACAUCGUCCCGUCCCGUUUGGAGAUCAAAAUCGGCAAGAUCGUGGAAGUGUCCAAACAUCCCGAUGCUGAGGCGCUCUACAUCGAGAAGAUCGACUUGGGCGAAGCCGUCCCGCGAACCAUCGUGUCGGGUUUGGUCAACUUUGUCCCCUUGGAGGAGAUGCAGGACCGACUCGUGGUGGUGUUGUGUAAUCUCAAGCCCGCCAAGCUGAAGGGAAUUGAAUCUCGCGGCAUGGUUUUGUGCGCAUCCCGCGAUGAGCCUAAAGAGGUGGAGCCCUUGGCUGCACCCGUGGGCAGUGAACCGGGUGACAAGGUCUUUGUCGAGGGAUAUGAAGACACGCAGCCGGAUGAACAACUUAAUCCCAAGAAGAAGGUGUGGGAGAAGCUGGCUGUGGACUUGAAGACCUCCUCAGACGGCAAGGCUCAAUGGCAAAGCAAUAACCUUAUGACUAGCAAAGGCGGUAUCGUGAGUAUGAAGGUGAUGGGCGCGCCAAUCAAAUAAGGCCAGCCCUCCCCGAGAACAACCUCAACGACACGGAUUGUCCACCAAAGAUCACUUUGCGAGUUUCUCCCGUCCAAGCCUUUUGUCCCGCCUCACCUUCUCAUGAAAGAGAUCAUCAUUAAUCAGGUCAUCGUUACAUCUUCCGGCUCAGUCAGCCAAUAUUUCUUACCAUUUCUAAACUAUGUCUUUGGAAUGGAGUCCAAUAAAUCAUUAUUCAUAAUCGA